UAUUUUCAAUCUUUCUUUGAUUGGGUCACUCUGAGUCUGACAGUCUUUCUCUCUCUAAAAACUCUCUCUCCCUCUCUCUCCUAUUUUUCUUUCUCUAUCUGACUGUUUGUGCCCAAUGCACAAAAAAGCAAGUACCAGCAGUACCACCACGACCACCUCGAUCUCCGCUACUGAGUUUUCGCCCUCUAUUCCAACCUCCCUUUAACUCAACCCCACUUUAGAAUGCCGCCGGCCUUUCGUUUUCCGAUCUUGGUCUCGGCCUCAGCCGUGCUCGUUUCGCUUUCCGUCGUCUACUGUGCCUUCCCUGCCAGUUUUCUCCAACUGGAGAGGGCUUUCCCACCCACUCACCAUGUUGAGCUUAGCGCGCUCAGAGCUCGGGACGGCGUUAGGCAUGGUAGAAGAGUCUUGCAAGGUGGAGGCGGUGGCGUUGUCGACUUCCCUGUCGUUGGUUCCUCCGAUCCAUACCUCGUCGGGCUUUAUUUCACAAAGGUGAAAUUAGGCUCUCCUCCAACAGAGUUUAACGUGCAGAUUGAUACUGGAAGUGACAUCUUGUGGGUUACCUGUAACUCCUGCAAUGAUUGCCCCCAGACUAGUGGACUCGGAAUUAAGCUGAAUUUCUUUGACACUACUACUUCAUCAACUGCUAGGAUGAUUGGUUGCUCAGACCCAAUGUGCACUUCUGCAAUUCAAACCUCAUCAACACAAUGUUCUGCUGAAAACCAGUGUGUUUACUCGUUUCAAUAUGGAGAUGGAAGUGGCACAUCAGGUCAUUAUGUGACUGAUGCGCUGUAUUUCGACAUGAUUCUGGGCCAAUCGUUAAUAGUUAACUCCUCUGCUCCCAUUGUUUUUGGGUGUAGUACCUAUCAAUCUGGUGACCUGACUAAGACAGAUAAAGCUGUUGAUGGGAUUUUUGGUUUUGGCCAAGGGGAAUUCUCUGUGAUAUCUCAGUUGUCAUCUCGAGCUAUAACUCCCAAAGUGUUCUCACAUUGUUUAAAGGGAGAUGGCAAUGGAGGGGGUAUAUUGGUUCUUGGUGAGAUUCUGGAGCCAAGCAUAGUUUAUAGUCCUCUUGUCCCAUCCCAGCCUCAUUACAAUUUGGAUCUACAGAGCAUAGCUGUUAAUGGACAAAUCUUGUCAAUUGAUCCAGCAGUAUUUUCCACAUCAAGCAAUGGGGGGACUAUUGUUGAUUCUGGAACAACCUUGGCAUACCUUGUUGAGGAAGCAUAUAAUCCUUUCGUCAGCACUGUAACAAAUUAUGUUUCACAAUCUGUGACUCCCAUUAUCUCAAAAGGAAACCAGUGCUAUAUAGUUCCUACCAGUAUAAGUGACAUAUUUCCUCCAGUAAGCCUAAAUUUUGCGGGUGGUGCAUCGAUGGUGUUAAAACCCGAAGAAUACCUUAUGCGUCAAGGUCUCGUGGGUUCUGCUGCAUUGUGGUGCAUUGGUUUUCAGAAAGUUCAGAGUGGUGGCAUAACAAUUUUAGGAGAUCUAGUUCUAAAAGAUAAGAUAUUUGUGUAUGAUUUAGCUCAUCAACGGAUUGGAUGGGCUAACUACGAUUGUUCGAUGUCAGUAAAUGUUUCUGUAACCACUAGCAAGGAUGAAUACAUCAAUGCGGGGCAGAUGAGCAGCACGAGCAACUCAUUAAGAGAAAUGCUCUUCAAGAUGCUCUCAGCAAUCUUUGUUGCUCUCUUGCUGCUGCACCCCAUGGUAGCUCCAAUUUUGUAACUUAAGUAAACACUACAUGUUUAUUAUAAUCCCAUUCUUUCCGAUUGCAUAUUUGUCUCCGCCAGUCUUUUAUUUAGAGCGAUGGGCGGGGGCAUCGAGUUUAUUUAAUGUUGUUUGGAUUGCAAGUGAAGCACCAGGUAUUGCCAUAAUUGUAGACUUAUAUAUUAUACAUGUACAGGGCAAAUCAGUAGUUAGUUGAGUUCGGGUGUUGUAACCAUUUACUCUUGUGGCCAGUGGAAGCAAAAGACCAAAGGCCAAAUAAGUAGUGUUUAGAUUAGAAUAUAGAUAGAGAGAAAGAGAGAGAGAAAUGUCUUUGUGGUUGUCUAGUUAGUUAUCUGAUCAUUUUUGUACAACUAUUGUUACUUGGUAAUUACAACAAUUUCAUUGUGUACA